ACGGGAUUGACCAGACCAGACCAGACCAGACCUUUAAAAGUCUAAAACCCUAAUUGGUAAUCAAAUUGGAUGGAUAUUCAAAUUGUUUCUCUUAAUCAGAGGAGCAAUUGCUUAAUUCGGAAUCCCCAAAUCUCUGGGUCCUUCUCAAAAGCUUCAUCAUUUCACUCUCUUCUCUGUUUCUCUGCGAAACCGAAGAAUAAUACUAUAAGGUGUGCAAUGAAGUCUUAUAGGUUGUCAGAGUUGUCAAAGACUGAGGUUGAUUGCCUUAAGGCUCGCCCUCGUAUUGAUUUCUCUUCCAUUUUUAGUACGGUCCAACCCAUUGUUGAUGAUGUACGGAAUAGAGGCGAUGCCGCUGUUACAGAUUAUACCUCGAGGUUUGACAAAGUUUCCCUUGAUAAAAUCAUUGAACGAGUUGCUGAUCUUCCUGAUCCUCAGCUUGAUCCAGCGGUUAAAGAGGCAUUUGAUGUUGCGUACGAUAACAUAUAUGCCUUUCAUUAUGCUCAAAAGGCUCCUCCAGUUGAAGUGGAGAACAUGAAAGGUGUUAGAUGCAAGCGAGUAUCAAGGUGCAUUACUUCUGUGGGUCUUUACGUUCCGGGGGGAACUGCAGUUUUACCUUCAACAGCUCUCAUGCUUGCAGUGCCUGCACAGAUUGCAGGAUGCAAAAUUGUUGUUCUGUCCACGCCCCCAGCAAAAGAUGGCAGCAUCUGCAAGGAGGUGCUUUAUUGUGCCAAAAAAGCAGGUGUGACUCAUAUUCUUAAAGCUGGGGGAGCUCAGGCCAUUUCAGCCAUGGCGUGGGGGACUUCAUCUUGUCCUAAGGUGGAGAAAAUUUUUGGACCUGGAAAUCAGUAUGUCACUGCUGCAAAAAUGAUUCUUCAGAACAGUGAAGCAAUGGUUUCCAUAGACAUGCCAGCAGGCCCAUCUGAAGUUCUGGUUAUUGCUGAUAAACAUGCCAGCCCAGCUCAUAUAGCAGCUGAUUUACUGUCUCAGGCUGAGCAUGGUCCUGACAGUCAGGUGGUGCUUGUAAUUGCUGGAGAUGGUGUAGAUGUGGAGGCCAUCGAGAAGGAAAUCAGCUCGCAGUGUCAGAGUCUUCCUAGAGGAGAUUUUGCUUCGAAGGCACUUGCCCAUAGUUUCACUGUGUUCGCUCGUGAUAUGGUUGAGGCCAUCUCCUUUUCAAAUUUGUAUGCCCCAGAGCAUCUGAUAAUGAAUGUCAAAGAUGCAGAGAACUGGGAGGAAUUCAUCGAAAAUGCAGGUUCAAUAUUUUUAGGGCCUUGGACUCCCGAGAGCAUGGGAGAUUAUGCAAGUGGGACUAAUCAUGUUCUCCCAACCUAUGGGUAUUCAAGGAUGUACAGCGGGGUGUCUCUAGACUCCUUCCUCAAGUUCAUAACUGUCCAAUCCUUAACAGAGGAAGGAUUGAAACUGCUUGGGCCGCACGUGGUAAAGAUGGCUGAAGUUGAAGGACUAGAAGCUCACAAGAGAGCUGUAACGCUUAGACUCCAAGAUAUUGAAGCCAGGGUCCCAGUAUGAAAACAUGGGUUUUUACUGCACAGCACACUGGGAGAACUGAAAAGCUCCAACUUUUUCAAUUUCUUUUGGUGAUAAAAGAAAAAACGAAGUCUGUUAUUUUUUUUAUUUUUUUUUGCUGUUUUUCAAAUAGCCUGUUCUAAAUUAUUGUAUCAUUAGUUUUGGAUCUGUGAGAAUGUUUCAGUUCAUCAGAACCUGUCCCUUCCUCCGGCUUUCAGUUCAUGUGCUCUCCGGAUUUCAGUUAAGAAGGAAGAUUUUGAUUUAUAUCAACGUAAGGCUAACUUCUAAGGGCAAGAUUGAGCUGUUAGAUUGGCCAAAAAAGUGUUGUAAAUAAAAAAAAAGUGUGGUCUAAAAGUUAA